ACCUGGGCGCAUUCAUCCGCGAUCGGCAAAAAAUCUAUUAUCAAAGUCUAGUUAUUCAAUCUAACUACGCGGCUCGUCGCGUCUCGUUAAGGACACCCACACGCUACGCCGCGGGGUCUGAGUGUUGCAUCUCGUCAGUCUGAUCGCGUGACUCAUCGGAUUCUCCCGAAAUUCGCGAAUCCGUUGUUAUCGCUUUUUGUGGUUGUGCUGGUGGUAUCAGUGCGUGCUUGGACAGCUCGGAUGCAGGAGGCCCGGCGGGCUGGUGAGGGGCCGCGGCGCCUGGCGGAGCAGUGAGGUCAAGCCGCAGGAUGGACGACUGUACAGACAUCUUCUAUGACGACGAUACUGACGCGCAGUGCGAUAUGGGUCACUCAGAGUCCAAGGGUGCGAAGAAGCGCGACAAGAGCGUAGGCAACGGCAACGGGAAGCCGAGCCGUGGGGUGGCCACGUCCUUCGGGUUCCGGAGACGGCCGGCCAGCACCUCGCGCGCCGACGACAACGCUAGGCGCAAGAAAGCGCAGGACAAGAAUGGAAAUGGAGCAGGUUCGACGGAGGACCUGCGGGCCGAGGAGGUGUUGUCCGGGCGCUCGACGCCGCUCGCGCGACCCCGCAAGGACGCCGUCGGGCAGCCACCGCGGAGCAACAGGUUCGGUUUCAGGCAGCCGCCGUGCCGGACGGCGCGAGUCGGCGACGUGGGCCCCGCGGCCGAGCCGGCCUUCGUGACCAAGGAGUCCGUCAACAACAAUGCACUUGAUAAGAAAAGUACAAAUUACCCACCCCCGUCUCAAGUGACCACGAGUGGGGUGACCACUAUAGUGGGCGCCGGUGGGCAGCCCAAGACCGUCACUAAGCAAACCGUCAUCCUCACCUAUCAGACGACGCAGUAUCCAGUUCAGGAAGGUCGUCCAAAACAGACGCGGUUCGAAUGUCCUCGCGCGCCGUCCGCCACGCGCUCCCAAACCCCCUGCGACAGGGCACCAGGCAAAUACACCCUGCAGACUAACCAGCUACCGAGACCUCAGUACCCUGCUGUCAAACACAUCGACAACACCAAGAAUGCUAAACAGGUCGUGAAUAAUAAUAGAAAAGCCGGCGCUUCCGUGGAAGGAUGGAGAGAAGGUGCUAGCUCGGCCGUGUCCUCGGACUCGGGCGUGUAUACCGGCGGCGAGGCGGAGGGAUCGCCGCGCACACGGCGCCGCCCGCGCAACCUGGAGAUGGUGAUGCGAGGCGCGCAUAGCUUCCACCUGCGCGAGCUUCAGGACGACCUAGAUAUCAUGGAUGACGCAGUAAUAACCGGCCACACCGUAAUACCCCUCCCCAAACUGCCCAGCACCUUCGACGAGGACCUCUCCCCCAUCUACCAAGCGCCGUCCCCUCCCCCGUACACCGUGCCCUCCCCCGUGGUCCCCAAGCCGUCGCCCGUGGCGGACAGCUCGCGCCAAUCCCCAAUGUCCACUCUGGAGCGAUAUCGCACCAGGACCAGGCCUAGCCGGAUACAAACAGUGGAUUAUAAGAAUGAAGAAAAGUUUGUGUUGGAUAAAGCUCAGCCUGAGAAAUUGAAUAAGCAGAACUCGUUCAUCAAAUCGUCGAGCGGUGUGGUGUCCCCAACCACCGUGUCAAGUAAGGAGUCCAGUCCGUCUUGCAAGAGUGAAGAAAGUCAUUUCGGCAACAGCAGCGCUUGGCAGAGCCAUGCGGCUGGCGAGGCUAUGGCCACAAGAUCUCAAGACGACGUGUCCAUCGCGCUAAGUGUCUCGAGCUGCGAAGACGACAAGUCCAAGGUCGGGGAGCUGCCGAGGGUAGAGGACCCGCCACAGAAGACCAUCGUGAUCGACGACCCGCCCGUGCCGCACCCGCUCCUCAUGAAGUCGCUUACAUUGAGCCAGCACGACUCGCUGCGCGGAACCUUGAUGGGUUCAAUGACAAGCUCCAACUACAGCACAACAAGUACUUGCACAAACCAAAGUGUAGACCACCACCUAACGCUGACUUUAGAGGAGUCCAAGUUCGACAUAUCAGCGCUGGAGAUUUCCACCCAAAGCUUGUUAGACGACGAGACUUCUCCAGCGGACAGCCUGAUAUCUUCCACAAGUACCAGCGACUCGGUUAACGAGCUGGUGGUGGAACGGGACCCGCCGUCGAUCUCGUCGGCGUAUCAGACGGCCAACACCAAGACCAAGUCACCUGAGCCGGUUGAUGAGGAUGGAGUGGAUGGGGAGCUGUUGCAGACUGCUAAUGAUGUUGUUGAAGAAACACGGAACGGCGAUUACAGCAAGAACGUGACGCCAGAGUCACCAGGCACGCCUACACACGCUUCGGGGUCCCUGUCACUAUCGGACGGCCGAGAUUUCUUCGACGAUGAGAUCGCCGACCAGCCAGCACUGCUGUUCAGGAAAAACAACGAAGGAAGUCCACAUAGCAAACAGGAUUCGGAGAACAGCAAGCAACUGAGGAGGUCCAGGGAACGCAUCCCUGCGAGUCCUUUAGUCCAAAGAAAUCGUAAAGUGAACGGACUGCGGAACGGCGGCGCAGAAAGAACACCUUCACUGGACACGCUGUCCAGCCUAGCGUCUGAUGACCUGAUGAUGGACAACGACCUGGCGCGCUCCGUCACCAGCCUGCAGAGCGUCGACGAUUACAUCGAGAGGCUAGACAGCUCUCUUCGCAGCGGCCUCAACUCGCUAGACGAGCGGCAGCUCCGCCAAGAGCUCUCCUCGUCCAAGACCGCAGUGCGCCAGUGGAGUCAACUCCUGGAGCAGAACAACUUCCUGGACCGGCAGCUGGCCGCCAUGGCGCAGGGGAAGAGUACCACCGAGUCGCUAACAGCCAGCAAUACCAGCCUGUCGAACAUCGGGGCCAGCCUGCCAGUGCGCACGGCGCGGCUGCUGCAGCGCUCCCGCGCGCAGACGCCGUCGGACGCCGCCAGCGAGGGCACCGCCUCGCCCGCGCCCGCGCCGGCCACCCUGCUGCAGGACGUCGUGGACAUCAAGACGCUGCUUCUGCAGCUGAAGCGCGUUUUGCAGGAGCCGGGGGACGAGCAUCAUUCGAUGAGUAGCGAAACUCUCGACCCGUUGCUGGCCGCGUGCGCGGAGAGCCCCGCGCGCGUCAACGGGCGCCGGCCCCCCGCCUCGCCGCUGCACCCGGACGCCUGCGCCGAGAUGCGACGGCAGAUCCUGUACCUGCAGAGUCAACUGGAAGAGCGCGACCGACUGGUACGCGUGCUGCAAGCGCAGAUGCUGCGAAUGUCAGAAGGGCACGAGCCUCGCGCAGAUGACACCUGCAACGUGGCCACGCAGACUGAUCGGUUGCGGCCGCCAAUGAGCUCGGCGCUAACGAGUUCUGAAAAUUCCGGUUUAGUGAGUUGGAAUGAGCAAGCUAGCGGGAGGAAGCUGCCGGUGUACAGUGAAGCACAAAAGACUAAGAGGCCUGUAGUCAACGGGACCGUGAAGUGCCAGUGUGGUGCGCGCAAGGACGAGGAGCGGCGGACGGACGCGGUCCAGCUCAAGACCAACAGUCGGGUCGGCUCCAAGUACCUGCAGGCCUUGGCCAACAGCGACUCCAAUCGGUAUGUCAAGCGGGACUCCUCCGUGGGCGAGAAGACGGUCCGCAAGAGCCUGUAUUCCACCAGAUCUCGUUCCAUUGAGAACUUCCACAACCAAGCGUACUCCAGUGCGGAACCAUUGCUCGCUAAAAACGCAGUGAUCGAAGAGAACAUGAUCAAACACCACACCUCGUACGGAGACCUGUAUAAUGGUCGGAUCAGCAGCAAGGAGAGCGUGAACGGCAACAGACACAGUCCUAGUUUAAACGGACAGUCCACCGACACGGACUACAGCUCCGACGGCGGGUACAAGUCCCUGCCGUCGUCCAUCAACUGCAGUAGUUAUUCGCCGAAGAAGAUCAGUGGCAUCCCCCGGAGGUCUAUCGAGCACAGGUUUCUUUCCGCUAAGACUGUCAAAGCGAGCGCCGUUUGAACCGCGUCCGUUCGCCUCAAGAGCCAGUUUCGGAUUCAAGUCUCGUCAAAUUUAAUGUUUGUACAUGAAAGUGUAUUUUAAUUUUAUUCUACAUUUCUCAUUGUGAUGUCACAUCCACUAGUAUUGAAUCAUCUGUAAUUAACGGGCCUUUUGUGUGCCUAUAUUUGUGCAAUACACUGGUGCAUAUCGUUAAAAAAUUGUAGAUUUAUUUUGACAGCACCAAAAUGUACAUUAUAGGCCCAUUAACUUGCCAAAAGUGCUUUAUGCACGUAAUUAUAGGUACCAUUUUACAUAAGUUCCUCAUAUUACAUGAUACUAAAAUACAUCCUGAAUCGUAUACUUAAAAUAUUUAGGUACAAAUUCGUGGCUGGCUAUGAGUGUGUGGAGGAAUUGUGCCAUCAGUCCGUGUCACGAGUGUUGGGACAACGCUUGUUCGCAUUUAUUGAUUCCACUCGCGAGGCUAAUCAUAACUAUCAUAAGCUACUAUAUGAACGCGUACUUGUUGGAUGCCAAAUUAUAACGGUGUAAUCAUUUCGAUUUAAUUAUGUAUCUCGAUGUAUUCGAAGUAUAACUAACUGUAUUGACGUGAGAUGUAAACAGUCCAUGUUUCGUUUCGUAAUUUUCAAUUGCAUAGAGCACAUUUUGUUUAUUAUCCUAAUUUUAAGGCUAAAAUUUGACCUCUGUAUCAUACAGUUAGCAAGAGCAACAGGAACUAACUUUGUAGGGUUAAUUUACAAAUUUGUAUACAGGCGAUAAAAUGGUUAUCUUAGAUUUUCUAUGGUAGACAAACUAGUAGAUAUAAAGCUGUAAUAUGUGAUAAGAGUGGCUGUAAGAACUUGAUUCGUUUCCACGUUAUAUCUUCCUGUUAACCAUUGUAACUAUUAUUGAAAGUUUCAUAAUUUAUUUGCUCCUUAGAGUUAUUUAGUAGCGUCAGUAGGUAUCAUAUAGGUACAAACGUGUCUUCUCUAUGUCUCAAUAUUAUGAAGCUACAAAUAAUUACCUAUUUAGAUAGAACGUAAUCUCUGGUAUCUCGGGCGACAGAUCUCAUUAAUUUGCCUAAACCGAAGUUGCCAGUUUUUAUCCGUGCAGUAUAAAUUUGUAUCUUUAUAAUAAUGAGUCCAGGCAUUUUUGUAAUCCGGAAGUCAUUUUAAAGCAUUUUGUAUGAUCAGUGUUAACGUAAUUUAAUGUAAUUAGCCAUACAUAGUAAAGUUAUAUUAAUCUUCCACGAAGCCUAAUUAUAAAUAUCCUAUAUUGAUACCUAGUAUAAUUAAAGUGUAAAACAUCUUCACGUUACUCAACGUACUUAUGGCUACUUAUCUUAUUCGUUCUCAGUGCUUUCCUACGUUAGUUACGUGAGUCUUAAGCCCACUAGCUUUAGUAAAACAAAAUAUUAUUUUGAAAUUGUUUCAAUAAAUAGUUUUAAUUUUG